AUGCUUCCUGGUCUUUUUAUCUUCGCCUCCAUCGGCCUCGCCAGUGCUUCGGCAUCGCCGCAACAGCGAGACACCGAACUCAUCCCCAAGCAGAUUGCCAUUGUGCGCCGCCGGUCUGGGUUGACACACAAGGAAUACGUCAACUACCACGCUCUAAUACACGGCCUCAAGUCGUGGAAUGGACCCCGAGACAAUUCUUUCCCUGCGGCCUACAUCCAGGACCACACGUUUGACUCCGCUUUCGGUGUCAACGACAGCGUCCCGAACCAGAUCUACGUGGGCCGGGACGAUGUCACUGAGCUCUACGGGAACUCUUCCACUUCGUUCACAUCGCCGCCUGCAACGAAUUACACGGCCGAAGUGACCGGGCCUGACGGUUAUAACUUCAAUGAUCUUGCAACUGCAUUCUCCAUGUUGGCAUAUGAGAAGCCUGUGCUUGGGUCUAUCGACAGGAGUGAGACAGUGACCGACAAGAUUGGCUCCGGUCCGGUUGUAGCCUUUUUCUGGGCCGCAGCGAAGCCUCAAAUCUCGUCCAACGAUACCUUUGGGGUGGACCUGGCGAAUCAGAUUGUCAAAUUGAUUCCCAAGGACACUCUCUACCGCGCCACCGUUCACAUUCCAGUUCCAGGAUCUGACACCAGACCGUACUUUGGUGGUGAUACCAUGCCGACUAUGAACGCCGUCGUGAAGCUGUGGCUUCACCGCAAGCGCAAUGCAGUUGAGCUGGUCAGGGCCGCCCAACUUAAGCUAGACAGUGAUGCCCUGAACCUCAACCAGGAUUUGUCUUUCAUCGUCUUUUGUAACGAGGUAGUUCUGUGGGAUUUUGCUAAGAAAGCCAAAGUGAGUAAUAAUCCUCCGUAUUAA